UACAUGGUUUUGGAUUCGCUGUUAGAGAUAAAAGGAAUCAGCUUUACCUUACGGAUAAAUAUAAAGGCUCAUUAUUAUAUAUGGAUCCAGCAUAUGAAACCACUAGAGGUUUGACUAAUAAGUCUGAUGUUUUUUCCUUUGGUGUUGUUCUGUUUGAAGUCCUGUUUGGAAUGGUAGCAUCAUCCGUUGUAAGCACUCCAGAGCACAAUGAUAAUUGGUAUUUUGCUCGAAUGGCCCGAGCCGGUUACGAAGAGAACACACUGGAUGGGAAGAUUGAUCCCGAGCUACGGAAACAAAUGAACUUGGAAUCAUUAAACAUUUUCUCCGAGACGGCGUAUUUUUGUUUGAAGGAACAAAGGUCACAACGUCCAGAUACAAAAAAAGUUCUACAACGACUUGAGCGAACAUUGGAACUUCAAUACAAACAUGAUCUAAGUCUUGAACAUCCAGAACGUACUUUGUCCAGCCACUUGAAGGUAAAAAAUUUGGAUCACUUAAGAAUUCGAUUGAAUGAUAUACGAUUAGCGACAGAAAAUUUUUCUGACACAUACUGCAUUGGAUCGGGUGGAUAUGGUACGGUGUACAAAGUAAAACUUGGCCAUUUUGACGGCAUAACUUCAUCAACAACCACAAAAGAUGAGAAUAAACCUGAAUUGCCAAAGAAAUAUAGCACUGUAGCUAUUAAACGUCUCUUUCAUAGGGUAGACGGGCAAGCUAAACAAGGGUUUUUAGCUGAAAUUGAACUGCUUAGUAAAUGUAAGCAUCCAAAUAUAGUUUCUCUUAUUGGCUUCUCAAACGAAGAACAAGAAAUGAUUCUAAUUUAUGAAUAUGCUUCUAAUGGAAGCCUGGAAGAUUAUUUGGGAAAUAGUGAUAAGAUUACUAAUCUUAGUUGGGCUCAACGUAUAAAAAUAUGCAUUGAUAUUGCAUAUGGGUUAGAAUACCUUCACAAAGUUAUAGAAGACAAAGAAUGCAUAAUACACAGGGAUAUAAAGAGUGCAAAUAUUUUAUUGGAUGAUAAGUGGGAGACAAAGAUUGCAGACUUUGGGCUCUCUAAGUUACACCCUACAUAUGACCAACGUAGCACCUUUAUUAGUCAUAAUAUUGGUGGUACCCAAGUGUACAUGGAUCCAGAAUAUGAGAAAACUGGUAACUUGAAAACUAGCUCUGACAUUUACUCUUUCGGAGUAGUUUUGUGUGAAAUAUUUUCUGGAAACUUGGCAUAUGAUGACAUGUACAAUACAAAGGGCCUUCCAUCAGUAGCACGACAAUGCGUUAAUGAUAGAACUAUAGAGAAAAUGGUAGAUCCACAUUUGAAGGAAGCUGAUGAAAAUAUUUUCGGGCUAAAUGAUGGGCUCAAUCUGGAUUCGUUAUACACAUUUUUAAAAAUAGCAAGUCAAUGUGUAGAAAAAGCUCAAGUUGACCGUCCAACAAUGGAAGUCAUCAUCAAAGAACUUGAGAAAUCUUUGAACCUUCAAAAUAACAACACGGACAACCUCCAAAUUUCACUUGAAGCCAUAAAACUGGGGACACAAAACUUCAGUGAUUGCAACUGCACUGGAAAAGGAAGAUUCUGGAGACUAUAUGAAGGAGAAAUUCCACUUGCAAAUGCUAAUGGAAAUACCCCCAUUGUUGCAAAGAGAUUUGAUAGCGGGUCGGAUGAAGGAAACUCUCAAUUUAUGAGAGAGUUGAAAGUUCUAUCUGAACGUAAGCACGAGAAUAUAGUUGGUCUUGUAGGGUAUUGUAACAAAAUGGGUGAAAAAAUAAUUGUUUAUAAGCACGAGUCUAACAAAACACUCGAUAAGCAUUUGGAAAAUGCUACUGAUCUUACAUGGAUGAAACGCCUCAAGAUAGGCCUCAAUGUUGCAAAUGUCUUGAUAUAUCUUCACACGACUAGCAUUACAAAAGAUACUCCGAUAAUACAUGGAGACAUCAAAAGUAGUAGCAUUCUACUUGACGGCGAUUGGAGGGCUAAACUUUCUAAUUUUGAGGAGUUCUCAUAUGCUUUGGAACAAAAGAAAGUUGAACAUAUCGAUGAUGAUAAUUCAUAUGGAUCAUUGAGCUACUUAGACCCAAAGUCCAAAAAGUUGGGUUUUUUAGAUGCAUAUUCUGAUGUGUAUUCAUUAGGUGUGGUUUUAUUGGAGAUGUUAUUAGGGAAAGUGGCGUGCGCAGAGGAAUUUGAGGGUCAGUACUCCAAGUCUUUUGUCUAUUUGGCUAAAAGCUGGUAUAAAGAACAUACUCUCGACGAGAGGAUACUUGAGGGUUUAAAGGAUAAAAUUGUGCGACGAUCAUACGAUGAAUAUUCUGCCAUCACCUUUGAUUGCCUUCAUGAUGAUCAUUAUUAUCGGCCAGAUUCUAAUAAGCUGGUUGAAAGACUUUCAUUGGCAUUGAAAUACCAAGAGGAUUAUGAGAUCUGGUGGCCCAAAUUCCCCAUGGACUAUGAAAAAUUAGAUUAUUUGUCAGGUGCUUCUGUGGUACCCAAAACUAUAUUAUUGUUUGAGGAUUUUUACAACAUGCUACGUGAUGGAUUCUUAUUUCAAGAAGGCAAAGCGUGGUUUUCUUUGGGGAGCAACGGAAAAAGAAAUGUGAUGAUAUCAGCAAAAAAACUUUCAUACACUAACCGUUGGCAACGCAAGUGGCGAUCAACUACGGAAUCAAGGUUUCAGGUAGUAGCGAAAAUGUUGGAUAUAUCGAAUCUCAAGGUCCAAAUCAAGAUAAAACCUCAACUUUUACUUCCAGGUGAUAACUAUGGGGUUCAUCUAGUCUUUAAGUUUCGUGAACCAGGAAAAUGUCUAGCUAAACGGAUGUAUGUGAACCUUAAGUACAAGAGGGGGAGCGAUAAUUUACAUUCAGAUUUUGCCACAUGGAGAGAAGACGGAUGGAUGAUGAUUGAAUUGGGCCAAAUCUUGAAUUACAAGGAAGAUACUGAAUUCGAAGUAUUACUGGAGAGCUUUUCACGAAGCUAUUGCGGAAAUAGCGUUUAUAUUGAAGGCAUAGAGUUUCGGACCAUAGACAAUGCAAGUUCCGGAGAAUAUGAACAAGAUGGGUCUAAAGAGAUCGAGAAAUAUCAGGAAUCUCGAAAAUGUGAAGAAAUCAAGAAACCUAACGAGGAGUACGUGCUAGUAGGAGUACAUUAUUUUUACGAAAAGAUAUGUUAUAUGCUUUCAGAAAAGGAUCCAUACGAUCCAUUUUAUUCUUAUUCAUUCGAAAACAGAAGCCUAAACCCUUUUCGUACGAUAUAUCUAGCCGAUUCCAGAUUUCAAAAGGGAAUUGAGCUUUCAAAGCGACAAAUUUUUAGUGUUAAGAGCAAAAUUCCAUGUCAAAUGUUGUUACCAGGUUUAGAUUACAUGUGUUACCUUGUAUAUAAACUUUCAGAAACAUGUCAUGGGUUGCAUUGUCCUGUGAGAGUAAGGAAUGUUUUACAGUGGAAAAACAAAGAGAUGAGACUUAUCUGUUUUAGACCUCCAAGCCCAUGGAACUUACCUGAUACUGAUGGGUCUCCAAAAGCAAGGGAUGAUGGAUGGAUGGAGGUUCUUGUGUGGAAAUUUAACUCAAAUUCGGGACGUAGAAUGUAUGAUAUUCCUAUGUAUUUGAAAUUCAUAACUUAUGAAGGAACCAUGUCCGGCCUUAUUGUAAGCGGCCUUGAGAUUCGGCUAAUAUAACAACAGCUCAGAACUUAGAAGCAAUCAUAUUCCGAUGUAUCUUAAAUUCAUAACUUGUGUGCAGAAGUUUUUACUUUCAAGCUUUUCUAUUUGUA